GGGUCCUACAUAGAUUGUGAUACAAAAUGUAGUGGUAUCUGAAUCAUAUAGCAUAAUCAAGAUCACGAGCUUUCCUUUGGUUAGGCAGUUGCAGAGUUCCGUGGAUUCUUGUAAGAAAUUUUGGUUUCAUCAAUUUUGGUGAUUUUGAUAGAAAAAAAAGUGGUUUGUGAGUAUAGCCAAUCGAUCUUUGUUAAGUAGUUUCUUAUUGUUUUGUUCCUUAUCAAUGGAAAACAAAACCUAGUAAUCGGGAAGUGUAUAAAAUUCCUCGUAUAUCUCCACGCGGUGUGAGUCUGUCGGUCUUUCCACAAAACGGUUAAAGCAAACCAAAAAAAUGCAGAGUAAUUGUUGUAUCAUGUAGUCGUUUCACAACUUAGAUUAGAGGGAUACAAUGUUGCAGACUUCUUAGUUUAUUUGACCCCCAAAAAAAAAUACAAGUGAGCAUAUAAAUUAGGGUUUUCCUAUAUAAUUAAAAUAUAAAAUUACACUGAUCUUAACUUCCCUUAGUUACUAGUCUAAAAGCCCACUCACUUCUAAUUAUAAAUGGAAAGUUACAGUGAUCUUAAAAGUUCAUCUCAGAGACAUCCUAAAAGAAAGGAUCAUCUCGAAUCUCUUGGCAACCGUGCGGUUGCACUGGAGCCUGAGUAUGAGCUGGGACAAGAAAAUAACAGAAAAGAAAGAAACAAGACAGAGAAUUAGUGAUGACCAUGAAGCUAUGGACUCGCGUCCUUCUCACUGCAUCUCCACUGGCGAAAGCACCUGCGUGUCAUCACAGCAUAGUUCAACAGCUCUUAUGUGUCACCUCCUCCUUCUCUCAGCCUCCUCACUCACUUUCCAAGCCUCCCUCUAUAUAAACACCCCAUUUCCCUCCAAUUCAACUUCGCAUAUUAUAUUAGCAGAGAUUUCAUUUCAACUUCCAAUAUAUAGUAAGUUCAGAGUUUGUGAGAAAGACGAAGUUCAAAGGAGAUGGCAUCAGAGCAGGACAGAAGUGACCUAAGCAAAAGAAAAGAACUAGAAGAGAAGGCAAGGCAGGGAGAGGUUGUUGUCCCUGGUGGAACUGGUGGCAAGAGCCUCCAGGCUCAAGAGCACCUUGCUGAAGGCCGGAGCCGCGGAGGGCAGACACGGAGGGAGCAGGUGGGUCAUCAAGGGUACCAGGAGUUGGGCCAGCGUGGCGGCGAGACUAGGAAGGAGCAGAUAGGCCAGGAAGGGUACCGUGAGAUGGGGAAAAAAGGAGGGCUCAGCACCAAGGACAAGUCUGGAGGAGAGCGUGCUGCUGAGGAAGGCAUCCCCAUUGAUGAGUCCAAGUACAAAACCAAGAGCCGCUGAUAUGAUCAUUAUUGACUUUCCAAGCUCAAGGCCUCUCACUUUGGUUUUUUUUUAUUUUUUAUUUAUUUUUUUUUUUUGCUUCUAGUGUUUUUGUUCUAACUAGAGUUGUAGGAUGGUUUCUACUGUCUUUGUAUUUCCUAGUUGGUUGGAGUUUUCUUACUUGUUGCCCACGUAUGUUGUCAGGAUAGAGUCUGAACUAAGAAGGGGCCUACGUGUGUGACCAUUGUGCUUUCUUUUGUAUCUAUAGUUGGGCUUGGAAUUCUCUCUCU